AUGGAGAGCUUAAACACCAUCGCUUUCACAGAACGCAGAUGUGGCAAUGACGUGAGUAAAAUAAUGACACACACAGCGUUACCUGGGCAACCUCUCCUACAGCCAGUGUGGGACUAUCUCCGUGACAAUUAUCCGGAUGCUUUGAGGUCACCGCUGCUGUCUGUCUUCUUAUCCGUCUCAACGUACUUCCUGUCCUGUCUGUUUUUCAGUGCUUUGGAUGCGAUAAGCACUGUUUCCCCAAUUGUUAACCAAUACCGGAUUCACCGGGAGCGUCCGGUAAAGAGCACUGAUAUUAACAGAGCGGUUGGUCUGACGCUCUACCAUCAGAUUGUGUUGGUGUUGCCUGCAAGCGUAGCUCAGUGGUGGUGGAGGCCUCCAUUGCUUUUAGAAGAUUCUGCCCCUUCCAUGUGGGACUUAAUUUCAGGUGUGCUUGCUUGCUUUCUCCUCUUUGACUUCCAGUACUUCCUGUGGCAUCUGCUUCACCAUUCAUCUAGGUGGCUGUAUGCCACUUUUCACGCCAUACAUCAUGAGUACUCCCGCCCAUUCUGUUGGGUCACUCAGCACAUGUCGGCCUGGGAGAUUGUGAGUGUGGGUUUAUGGACUACCUUCGACCCGCACCUGUUGGGGUGCCACACCCUGACCGGCUACACCUUCAUGGUUUUGAACGUGUGGGCAUCCGUGGAUGACCACAGCGGGUACGACUUCCCCUGGGCGCUGCAUCGACUGGUACCCUUUGGUUUGUGGGGAGGAGCACUGAAACACGAUUUCCACCACCAGAAGCCUGGCACGAAUUUUGCCCCCUAUUUUUCCCACUGGGACUGGCUGUGUGGCACUGAUGCUGACCUGGAGAAGAGGAGAGAGUGA